AUGGCCCAGAAGUCCAUGUUCACCCGCUUUGUGCAGCCGGGCCGCCUGGCGCUCAUCACCUUCGGCCCUUGCGCCGGCAAGAUGUGCACAAUUGUGGACAUCGUCGACCAGAAAAGAGUGGUUGUGGAUGGCCCAGAGAGCCUCACGGGUGUCCGCCGACACAUGAUGCCGGUGAAGAGACUGAGCUUGACGGACUUCCGCAUGGUGCUUGAUCGCGGUGUGAAGGAGAAGACCUUGAAGAAGGCACUGGAGAAGGGCGAGGUUCUGAAGAAGUGGUCCGAGACCGCCUGGGCCAAGAAGAUGAAGGCGAAGGAGGCCAGGGCCAACAUGACAGACUUCGAGCGCUUCAAGGUCGCGAAGGCGCGCACUGCCCGCUCCAAGGCAGUGAAGAAGGCUCUGAAGAAGUAG